CUCAAUCCAGGUGUACUACCUGAUACACUCACAUCAUUACACUUUGUCAAAACAUUCAAACAUAAGAUCAAUCGAGACACAUUACCAUCCAGCUUGACAGAACUACAGUUUGGCGACGCAUUCAACCAUGAGUUGUUGCCUGGAACUCUCCCUUUAGGUCUCACCACAUUGGUAUUUGGUGCAAAGUAUGAUUGUCCAUUAUCACGUGGCACUUUACCAUCAACAAUAACUUCAUUAACGUUUGGAAAGUGCUUUGAACAAGUGAUUGAACAAGGCAUGCUUCCAGAAUCUCUCCUCACUCUAUCUCUGGGUCAAUUGUUCAUCAACACACUUCAACCUGGAACAUUGCCAUCCAGUCUGACAUCACUCACAUUCUUCCAAACACUCUCUCAGGACAUGCCUAUCCAUUAUACACUUCAAGUUGAUCAACUGCCACAAUCACUCCACACUUUGAAUCUUCCAACAUGGCAUUCACAACUUGUUAGAGAAUGGUUUCCACCCACACUCAAGAGACUGACUUUCGAAGGAUUCAAGAGUACCCUUGUGACGGCAGAGCUGCCUCAAAAACUAGAGAGUCUGGUCAUAAUGUAUGAAUCUUACGACUACUAUCUAUCACCUCAAUAUCUGGCAAUAAUUGGUCAACUACCCGACACAAUAGUUGAGCUCAAGAUUGACUACUGCUUUAGGAUCACAAGUGGAGUGUUUCCACCUUCGCUCACCUCACUAUAUUUGGCCGGAGGUCGAUCCCAGGAUUUCCCGCCCUCAUUUCUGCCGCGCACCCUCACAUCGCUAUAUCUUGGUGAUAUACUCAAUCAACCGCGUUACCUCAUCAAAGGGGGGUGGCCAUCAUCACUCAAGCGAUUUUCAAUUGGCUACGUUGUUUCAGUUGUGAAUCCAUUGUUGGUCCCAAAUGGACUCACGCACUUGGAAGCAGCAAAAAUAGACUAUGUCAUGUCAGCGUCGAUUGAGCGUGUCAUUUUGAAGGGAGAGUACGAUUAUAAAAGUUAUGUCUAUCAGCCACUCUUUCCUCUAAAGUCAUUCUCAAUGAAUGCAAGGGUGAUUCGAUAUUCCAAUGCUAGGACCAAUAGACAAGCAGAGUUUAUUCGCAAAUCAGUAUUGGGAACACCCAAUGUUGAUGACUAUCAUUACAAGAUUCAGUAUGGCAAGAGUACCGAUCUGGAUAAAGUAUUCACAACACAUGUGCGCAGGAUGGAUGAUAACCAUGUCAUAUGUAUCAUCAAUCUAAAGAAUACAAUCAAUUUCCAAAUCAUUUCAUUA